ACCGAAUUGUUUGAAAAUGGAUGCCAGAAUAUAGCGCAAGUAAUUCACCUCUUCACGCACGGGCUGUAGAUUAUACUACGAGAUCUAUGAUGCAGCGUAAAGGAAGUAAAGGUAGUUUAGGUUCCCCAAGCCCUGUUACAGGAGGAAGUCGUGCCAGUGGUAUCAACAGCACUUCACAAUCUCCUGUAUCGGCGCACCCAGUGUUACCACCAAUAAUAACAAAUGAAGCUGACAGGUUGUUUCUUCAGGAACUAAAUAUGUUUAUCAGUCAUGAAAUGAACAAGGUAGACCCAAAUAAUGCAGAACAGAGAUACACUGUUCACAAGGCAGCAUUUGAUAGGGUGAUUGAGCAUGUCACAGCUUAUAAACCACUUCUGACUGCUGUGAAAGCUGAAUAUGAGGAAUGUAUUGACACCAUCCUUAGGGGAAAAAGAGAGGCAGCUUUUUUAAGUGGAAAAUUGAGAGCAAUGGCAUCAGAGCCUUCCACCAGGAGGAACUACAGGAAGAGGGCAGAUGAACUUGAACAUAGACUUUCAAUUGUAAAAGAAGACAAUGAACGCCUGGCCAAACAACUGCAGAACCUGAGAGAGGCUAGAUUGGAGAGAGAUAAACAAGAGAGAGUGAUGACCAAUCAAACUCCUAAGAAUGCUGUUAAAAAAGAAAGGCAAAGAGUACCAGGGUUGACAACAGAGCAGGCAACAGAUAUUAAAUAUCUAAGCAAGGAACUUGCUAAACUUGAACAACAAGCCAAGGAACUGGAAAUUGCUCAGAAAACAAAAUACACUGGAAAGGAGACCAAGGAAAGUCUUAGAGAGCAGCUAAGUGACAAAGUAUCUCGUAGGGAUGAACUGGAACAACGGGGGAUAAUGUUGAAGGCUAAGAGGCAGAGAUUGAGGACUGCCCUGGAUGCCGCACAGCACUACCUUAAGUUCCAGCCCCUCCAUCAGACAGUUGGGGAUGCUGUCAUGGUGGCACUGGCACAGAACAAAGGAGAUAGAGGCGUGUCUCACACUCUGGUUAGGGACACUCCCAGUACCUCAUUUGAUGAUGAUGACCCAACAAGAGAAAAGGAGGCAGAAAUGAUGUUGGAGUAUAUAGAGAAGUUCAACGAGUUGUUUGAAGAAGGGUCGUAUGAGGAAGCAGCUAUCCAUGCUGCAAACAGUCCAAAGGGAAUUUUAAGGACUUUGGAAACCUUAAACAGAUUUAAGGAUUUGAAAACCAAGGUUGGAGGUCGAAGUCCGCUCCUUGCCUUUUGCGAUGCUCUAAUGUCAUCUGUAUUGGCCAUGGGUGUCAGACCAAGUGAAACCAUCUCACUGGAGUGUGUUAGAUGUGCUUUGGAGGAAAACAGAUUUGACUUGCUGUCACACUGGGUAACUCAAGAGAGGCUGACAGUAACAGAAGAACUGGGCAGCCUCAUCACUGAGCAGUGUUCUGGUAAAAGUAAAAACCAUUUGGCUUUGGCUGAGUCUGUGUUUACCAAAGUUGGUGCCCAUCGUCCUGCAGUGGAGGUCAUGCUUCAGCAGGGCAGAACACAGGCUGCUCUGGAGUAUGCACAGUCGGUGGCACAUUUCAAAGAGGAGGACUACUUAUUCCUUCUCAAGAGAAACCCCACUGUGACGGUUGCCCAGUUAUUGGCACAGCUCCGCCCUCUCAGACCUGGUACAAGUUCAUCCGAUAGUGAACCUGAGGAGAAAGAUGAGAACCUGUCCAGGAGCAGCCUGGAGCAGUUCCAGGCUCUCUACACCAGCCCGCUCCCGCUUGGACUGAUUGUAUCCACUUUGAGGGAUGAAGGAAGGGAAGAUGUAGCACGCUUAGUUUUACAGAAUAUUCUCAAUCAAGACACAUCUACUGGUGAAGGUCCAGAGAACACUGCUAUCAGAAAGUCCGUCUUUGCUGAUGACCAGACCAGUCCGGAGCAAUGGCUGGCCAUCAUCAAUGACCUGCAGAAAGGCGGCCAUGAAGAAGUGGCCCUGGAGAUUCUGGCCGCGGUCACUGUGCUAGGGGCUAUGAAGCGUGCUGUCUCGGUCACCUCUUCUAGUCAGGGACGCCCCAGCACCACCCACACAGAGAAACAAUCCGGACAGUAAUUUUGUGUGCUUUCUUUCAAUUGUGAAUUUUUUUGUGAGAAGUAUGUGUGAAAGAAAUGAUGUAACAUAUUCCUAGUGAUAACAAAAAAAAAAGAGUUUUUUGUGUAUAAAACCCAAGGUAACUGUCAUUUAACAAAAUUUCAACUUUUAAAAAAUCCUUUUUGAAAUAGCAAAAAUGUCAGAUAUGGCAUUCAAUAACAAGUAAUAAGUGACAUAAAAGAUAUAUUGUUAAACUUGUACUACCCCUCAUUGUAUUAUUUGAUGAUGCUUUUGCAUUGUAAUAUAUAAUAAAAUUAU